AGUUUAUCGGCAUUUUUAGCAUGUUUGGAUGGACAUAUAAUUUCGGAGGGUAAUAUAAUUAUAAUGACAACUAAUCAUAUUGAUUUCCUCGAUCCUGCAUGCAUACGACCGGGUCGCAUGGACGUUCAUCUUGAACUUGGUUAUUGUACUCAUUAUCAAUUAAAUAAAAUGUUUAACCUCGUUUUU